AAUCGGAUAAGUGUCUAAAUAGAUUUCAGCUCGAACUUUUCCAAUGUUUUGUCGCAUACAUUAAGAUAAAUCGGGAUAAAUACAAGUUGAUGAGGAGAUUGAACAUUUUUCCAAGAGACCGAUGGUGGCAACAAAAAUGGUGGAACACAGUUUGAGAAAAUCAUCUGGUUUCACUAUUGAUUCUUUAAUAGGAAAAGACUCGGAUAAAACGGAGAGUUCUUCGAGUGGUAGAAAUUAUGAAGAGUAUGUGCAUUUAAAUUCAGAGACCAAUAAAAGUGACAGUCCGAGACCACGCGCACAGGACCGACCGGAAAACCCGGAGCGAUCGCGUAGGGAACCUGUUGUACCUGAUUCAAUGAGACAUUUUCCAGAUUUUGCAACAGCACGGAGGGAAAGGGACUUGUACUUUGCAUCAAACCCCCAUAGUGCAUCUGAAUCCUUAAAACAUUUACAUGACGUUUUAUCUCAAACUGCGGGGGCCACGGGAACCUAUUUUUCCCCCCGAAUGUGUCGUCACCCCAUGUCACCUUUUAAUUUACAUUCUAUGUACCCUGGUCAGCUAUCAGCUUCUACCCCCCUUCACCCCCUGAUGUUGAACCCCUCCACCUCCAGAGAUGUCCGACAUCUGCACCCCUGGAUAUCAGAACGUUAUUCCGGAUAUUACUAUCCCAGAUACCCAGCGGCUCCAGGGUUUCUUUUCCAGCCUUAUAGAAAGCCUAAGCGAAUACGUACAGCAUUUUCCCCUUCACAGCUUCUUCAACUAGAGAAGGCGUUCGAAAAAAGCCAUUAUGUCGUUGGACAAGAAAGAAAAGAUUUGGCUGCAGAGCUGCAACUCACAGAGACACAGGUGAAAGUAUGGUUUCAAAACAGACGAACAAAACAUAAGCGGAUAAAAACGGAAGAUGGAGAAGAACCAAACAGUCCUGGCAAAAGCUCUUCUAGAGACAUGGACAGCGACGAUGACAAUAAAGAUGACAGUGACAUAAGUGACAUUGAUGAUAUUGGCGAUGACGGUUUGGGGCAUCUUCGUGGCAACGACAUACACCACCCGCCAGUUCCCGCGUCUGCGCAUCUAUUGUUAAAGUAGAUAAUGCGAUAUAGCGCACAAGAAAUAAAACGGGUUUUAAUCUUUAAAAUUAUUUGUGAAAAACAUAAACGGCGACAUGGUUUUCAAAAACUGUAUACGACAUUUAUUAUAAGAUGAAACACUUUCUGUUAUUUUGUGUCUGCUUUGUGUUUCCAUUGUGCCACAGUUAUGUUGUGAUUCAUGGAGUUGUACUACAAUACAAACGUAAGAAAAUCCUAACAUUGUUCUACAAUACAGACGUAAGAAAAUCUGAACAUUGUGCUUCAAUAUUGACAUAAGAAAAUUCGAACUUUGUGCAAGUACUCAUACUUAAUAAUUUAUUCAAUGAAUUA